AUGGCUCACUGUUAUAUGAUGGCGAGCAUGUCCACUGUGCUACAAGCACAACAUGAAGAUUACAUAACUGCUCGUCAGAUUAUGGAUAAUCUUGAGGACAUGUUCGGUGGCCAAGCCACUGAAAAAUGUUGGGAAGCCCUAAGUAACCUCAUUAACUGCAUACAGAAGGCUGGGUCUUCCAUAAAGGAACAUAUGCUGAAGGACUAUAUUCCGUUUAGGGCAACGUUCAAUUUGAGCGCUAGACAGAAUAUAACCCUGACAAAGUUGAUGCAAGAACUCCAAAAGUUUGAGCGCAUGAUCAAGGGGUCGACUAUUAUGGAGGCCAACUUUGCUGAGGCAUCUUCCUCCAAACCCUCUCCAGGGAAUGGAAAGAAGAAGCAAGUAGCUAAGAAGGAGAGUUCUUCAGUUCCGCCAAACAAGGGCAAGAACAAGAAGAAGAAGAACCCGAACAAGCUUAAGUGCUUUCAUUGCGGGAAGGUGGGGCACAUGAAGAAGAAUUGCAAAGACUACCUAGCCGCUAAAGGCAAAUGA